AUGGCUCGCCUAACUCCAUCUUUCUUCCUCAUGAUCGCAUCUCUCGCGAUCGCUUCCCCACUCAAUCCCGCUGUGGGAAUCAUCGCCCGGACUGCAGCACCCCAGGACGAUACACCAACCACAACCAUUACAGCCACCACAACUGAUUUACCCAGCACCACUGAUGUCCCUACUACCACUGUUUUACCCACUACAACUAGUAUCUCUACAAUUACCACCACUUCCUCCGCCGCAAUCGCCACCAAAACUAUCGACGGCUGUAAUGUCCAAGGUACAGCAGACACAGCACUUGCCGCACGAUAUUUCGGAUCAGGUUAUUACGCCGGCAUUCUGAAAUGUCAAUCUACUUGUCGUGGUGUAACAGCAUGUGUAUCAUACUCAUGGACGCCCUCGACCAGUAACUGCACUUUGUAUAAUUCAUGGAUGGAUGACUUUAACACGGGUGAUACUACGGGUUAUGUGGUUUUGAGUGAUGAUAGUGGGACUUUCUUUUCGGAUAAAUAUCCAAGUGACGGCAGCGAUUUUUGUUACAAGGCCAUUUAA